AUGCAAUAUUAUGUUCAUUACAAACUUAACAGAUACAAGAAUCAAGACGAAUAUUUAUUACCAUGGAGUACAUUACCGAAAUUAAAAUGUCCAAGAAGCGAGACAUGGCUAAAAUAUCUGCAGCAUGAAAUGUUUAAUGUGGCAAGCGAGUUUCUUAUGUCUUCCUCGAGCCAUCAAUUAAACGAAGGUCUACAAUGUAAUACAAAAAAUAAUGCGAGCAAGAUUGAGGUGUAG